AAAUUAAUUAUUAAUGAUUAGUGGAGUUUGAAUAUCUUCAAUAUUCAUCCGUAGGGAAGUAGGUUCUGCGAAUAUAUGUGUUGCGGUGGGAUGGAUGAACAAACUACUGUUAUAUAUGUGUUAUUUGUCGUUAUACAGCCAUGUUCAAAAUUUUUGGGGUCAUUCAAUUACAACCGUUAUGCUGCCGAAAUUUCGGUAGAAUUUGGAUAAAAUUUGAUAUAUAUAUAUUAUGUUCUGUUUUGUUUAGGGUCCACUCGCUCAACCGCCCUCAAGACGUGAUGCGUCAAAGGGGAAAGCUCCGAUGCUUUCUCCACAAGGCCGUGGUGCACGGGAAGAUGACUUGUUCACGGAAGAGAAGAUGGCGUUGAUCCCUAAUUCGCUAAAAUGGAUGAUUCAUGAAUUCCUGAGGCUCAAAGAUAAACGUGAUAUAAUCACAAUUCCUGUCCCCCGAGGAUUCAUUGCACCGCGUACCCAUAUCACGUUAUCUGGAGAGGAUUUGCAGCAGGUUGCUACGUGUGACUACAUCGGCAACCAGGGAAUGCUGUUUGGAAUGAUGCACAUAUGGGAGAGCAUCAACGGUCUGAGAAAAUUUUUCAAGUUUUACGACCCAGAGCUUCUCAUAGUGCAUGGGAUCAACGAUGAAGAAAAGAGUCAGUCUUUUGACGAUGCGGCAAGACGAUUGGCUAAUUGGUUAUCAUUAAUGAACAACAACCACCAAAUGUUCUUUAUUCCUUGGAAUAUCGGGAUGCAUUGGACGCUAGUGGUGGUUACGCCAAGGAAAAUUAUCCAUUUAAACCCUUUAAGUGGCCGCCCAAUUCCCGAAGUAAUAGAACAAAUGAUCGAAAGGUAAUAAUUUAAUGACUUCUUAUGUAACGAAUUUAAAUUAACUAACGAAUUGAAAUGCUAAUAUAAUUUUCCAAAAUAGGGCAUUCAUGUAUAUAGGGAACGCACAUGAGUAUCUUGGCCCGUGGCAAGGAAUUAACCAAGAAAACUGUCCAAGACAACCUAAAAGCCAAGAAUGCGGUUUUUAUGUUUUGAAAUAUAUCACUGACAUCGUCACACGUGCCAACCCCAGCCGUUACAUACAAGAUCAAAA